GGACGGCCGCGGCCGGAGAGAGUGGGGCGGCGCGGCGGCGCGGGCCGGCCCCGUGGCCUGGUUGUGCGCCGCUGCUGCCGGCUCCGUCGGACAGUGGCGUCGGCGGCUGCGGGGUGGGAGGACAUCGCCCGACCGCUCGCGGAGGGGGCACGACGCGGCGCGCGCGGCUGCCGGUCACCGUGCGAGGAGCCGUGAUACGGCCGCCGCUAUCUGGGACCGAUCAGCGACCGUGUGACGGCGGCGGGCGGCAGUCGGCGGCCGGCGGCCGAACACUGUGCACUGCGCCGCCAUGGCUGUCCCGUCCCGGCGCCACGUGCUGUCGGCGCUGCUGCCGCUGCUGCUGCUGACCGCGGCCGCCGGCGAGCUGCACCGAGCCAAACACCAGCGGGCGUUCCCGCGCAGCGGCGAGCCGUCGGCGCCGGCGGCGGCGGCCGGCCCGCUGGCGGCGCUGCAGCAGCUCUACACGCGCCACGAGCCGGUGGUGCUGUCCGUGGUGGGCGCCGCGCUGGUCGGCUUCAGCGGCAUCCUGCCCCUGCUGGUCAUCCCGCUGGAGACGGGCGCGCGCCUCAAGGAGAGGGACGGUGAGCGGCGGCUGCGACUGCUGCUCAGUUUCGCCGUCGGAGGUCUGCUCGGCGAUGUGUUCCUACACUUGUUACCGGAGGCCAUGGAGCAUGCCGAAAACCCCUCGGAGCAGAUCCACGUGGGCAUGUGGGUGAUCGGCGGCGUCUUCUUCUUCGUGCUGCUGGAGAUGCUGUUCAGCCAGAGCCUGUCCCAGGAGGAGCCGGAGCCGGAGCCGGAGCCGGAGCCGCGCCCGGAGCCGGAGCCGGAGCGGGCGCCGAACGGAGCCGGCGAGCUGAGGCGCCGGCCGGCCGGGCACACGGUGCUGAACGGCAGCGUGAAGGGGGCCGCUGAGCCGCCGCCGGCGCCACCCAGGCCGCCACCCAAACAGGCUGCCGGCUACCUGAACCUGCUGGCCAACAGCGUGGACAACUUCACCCACGGCCUGGCCAUCGGCGGCAGCUUCUUAGCCAGCACGCGCAUCGGCCUGCUGACCACCUUCGCCAUCCUCAUUCACGAGAUCCCGCACGAGGUCGGCGACUUCGCCAUCCUGCUCAAAUCAGGAUUCAGUCGGUGGGAGGCGGCCAAGGCGCAGCUGGCCACCGCCACACUGGGCAUCACUGGAGCCAUCAGCGCCCUGCUGGCCGACGAUCCGCGCGCGCUCGGGGACCGCACCGCCUGGAUCCUGCCGUUCACCGCCGGCGGGUUCAUCCACAUCGCGCUGGUCGGCGUGCUACCCGAGGUGUGCAGGGAGCGCGAGCCGCGCCAGUGCCUGAAGCAGGUCCUCUGCAUGGCCGCCGGUGUGCUAGUCAUGCUCACAGUCACAGUCGCCUUCGAGCACUGAGCUCACUCCGGCGCCGACCGGGUGGACACGCCGAGUGUUCCCUGGAGCGAGUGGCAGCGGACACCUCGGGGGAGUGGCGGGACGCCCGUGACGCGUGGCUGGACGCUUGCCGGGCGUGGCCAAGACACGGUGCCCUCUCCCAUGGACGGACAGAAGUUUCGCUCGGGAUGGUGGUGUUCAGCUGCUGUGGGGAGCGAUGUCGGAGGCUCGGCCUGGCCCAGUCGGGAACACGACCGGGAGCUGCUCAGGCCGGGGGCGAACCGGCGCCCGCCGGAAGUGGGCCGAAGCAAUACCGGGGCGCCGCGCUGUGACAGCUCCCGCGAGGAUCAGUGAUCAGAUGUGAUGCGCCUUCUGCGAUGUGCUGUGCUCUGGAUGUUGUAUGAUAUGCGGCGACACAUGUGUCGUGUAUGCAUGGUGUGAUGAUUACAGGUGGUUUUCUUACUGUCAUUCCUUAUUACUGGUAAUGUGAGCAUAUUGUAUAUCCUUAGUGUGCAAUGCAACAGUCAGGUCAUGGGCGUGGUCGUUUGUUUACGUGCCAAGCACGUACUCCGAUACCGACACUCUUAGAGAUAAUUAAAAACAACUGCCAUCUUUUCUCUAUUUGAUAGGUAUUCAAUAGCUUUUACACUUUACAGAAUGUUUCAUGCAUGUGGAUGCUUUUUUAUCAUUUUUGUGCUUGUUUUAAUAUUAUCAUCUAUGAAUUAAAUCGCGUUAUAUCCCCGAUGAAAGGAAUUGAGUAAACAUAACCGCCGUAGAAAUGCGAGGUCUAUGGGACGUAUCUACCCAUAAUAGUGGUGAAGAAUGUAUCAGCGCAAGUAUCUAGUUCCCUAUACGAAUGUAAAUGUAUGAGUGUACAAUAUACAUUGUACACGAGUGAGCGCUCGUGACGUUGAAAACAUGGUGCUUGAUCGGCAGUCUUCCUAGACGGUAUUGCUAUUGCUGCUAUAUCACGUGAGAUUCUGUAGUCUCUAGGUAGGUAGGUAUGUCAUAAAAUGAAACGUGCCGUUUCAAAUGAGUGGAAAUAUACGUGUCCAAAUUA